GGUUCCAUUUAUUCCUUGGUACUUAUCGCUGGUCUGGGCCUCAGGGUUGCUGUUGUGUCCAUGGUAGGGACUGUGCACUUGAAUCCAGCAAAUAUGCUACAUUUGCCACCACAAAAUUCUCCUCAAAGAAAUCUCAUUAUGGAAUACAUAGCACCCACGAUCACACACAUGCAUCUAAUGCACCCCAUCACUUUGGACACAAUGUUCUCUCCUGCACUUAUUGCUAGAUUCACAGUGUCAAAGUCAGUUGACUGUACAGAUCUCUCAGUGUCUGAUUGUUUCUUG